CCAUCUCCUACACCUUCCCGCCCCGCGCCCUCGUUCCCUCUACGACCGCCGCCCUGAUUCCUCCACGCGCGAACCGGCUCCAAUGCCCCGGGACUCGUACCGCCGCGACCGCGACUAUUCCUACGACCGAGAGCCCGAGCGAGACCGUGAUCGUGAUCGGCGCCGGGAAAGCAGAGAUCGGAGCAGAGCUGCGCGGGGCUCCAGGCACAGAGACAACAGCACCCGCGACAGCGGUCGAGAGAGCGGCAGAGACAGCGACCGGGAAAGAGAAAGGAGACACCGCCGUCGCGAGCGAGAAUACCACAGCGGCUACGAGUCCAACAACCGCGACUACGACACCGACCGCGCACGCCGCGAGCGGCACGAGCGCCGCGAACGCUACGAACGCCGCGCACGCCGCGAACGCCCACGCGAGCACGAACAUGAUCAUGACCGCGAUCGCUCGCAGCGCAAGCGCCGCGGACAUCGCGCGACCGACUCGACGGGGGAGUUGCUGCCAAGGCCGGAGCGCUCGUACGACAGUCCUUACCACGAGGGAAAUCGCAGCCCAACCAAAUCGCGGCAUCCUCGACACCAUGCCCGCGGCGAGUCGGCGCCCGAUACGGGCGGCAGCGGCGGCCCGCUGCUGAUGGACAGCUUGGCGCAGUUGGACAGGCAGAAUGCGAAGGGCGGGUGGCGCAGGUAUGACGAUGAGUAUGUGCGUGAGGUGAGGGAGAAGGAAAAGGAGCUGGAGAGGGCACGGAGGAAAGAGGAGAGAGAGGAGAAGAGGGAAAGGGAUAGGAGGAGGGAAGAGCGCAGGGCUAGAGAGGUGGAAAUGGAUAAGAGGAAGAGGUACGAGCAGGAAAUGGGUUUCAGAAGGAGCAAGGCCACAGUGGAUCCGGAGCUGGAAGACGAGCUGUUGAAUCAUGAAGAAGACGAUGAUUAUAGUGAUGAGGUGGACACGCACUUUGGGCCGGUCCCAUUUUUGGAUUCUCCCCGAAAAACCAGGCGCAGCGAAUAUUUGCACUCUCCCGAAAGGCCACUCAAAACCGGCUACACGGAGUCUCCAGGAAGAAGGAAAGAAUACACCGAGUCUGAGCUUGAUGAGAUGGAGGAGCGGCAAAUGCAAAGGAAAGGGAAAGCCUACGCCAGCGGCGCCUUUGUGGGAGGGAAGCCCAAAAACCGGGUUGUCAGUGGUCCUUUGCUGGAGAAGGGUGCUCAUGAAGAGUACGAAUACCAUAUGACCCGGAGAGGCGGUGGUGCCAGUGUGCCGUCAGAUUAUGAUGAUGUUGGACAAGGGAAGCGGAAGAAAUGGAAGAGAUGGAUUAUUAUUGCGGCCGUCCUCAUCGUAAUUCUCGCUAUUGUCAUUCCGGUGGCUGUGGUGAUGUCGAAGAAGAGUUCAGACCACGACAGUCCAGCCGCCACUGCGUCUUCGGGUCCUAAUAACAGCAACCUGGACGGCAUGUCUGAAGACGACAUCCCUAAAGAUGCUCAGGGCACCAUACUGGAUCCGUUUACCUGGUACGACACACUGGAUUUCAACGUCACAUACACUGGGGAGACCGUGGGCGGCCUCUCUGUAAUGGGCCUCAAUAACAGCUAUAAUGACAAUGUAAGAGCAAACGACAAGGUGCCGCCAUUGAACGAAACAUUCAAAUAUGGCAACAUGUCAAUCCGUGGGGUCAACUUGGGAGGCUGGCUGAGCAUUGAGCCUUUCAUCACACCAUCCUUCUUCGAAAGCUACAGCACAAAGCAAAACGUAAUCGACGAGUUUACCCUAACGACAGCUCUGGGUGCAAGCAAAGCUGCCUCCAAGCUAGAGCAGCACUACUCGACCUUUGUAACACGCAAGACGCUCGAAGACAUCCGCAACGCCGGCUUCGACCACGUGCGCAUCCCCUUCAGCUACUGGGCCGUUAGGACAUACGACGACGACCCAUACGUGCCGCAGAUAUCGUGGCGGUACCUUCUCCGUGGGAUCGAAUGGGCGCGGCAGAAUGGGCUGCGGGUGAACCUAGACCUGCACGCGCUGCCAGGGAGCCAAAACGGAUGGAACCACAGCGGGCGACAGGGCGUCAUCGGAUGGCUCAACGGCACCGAUGGCGACCUCAACGCGCAACGCAGCCUCGAUGUCCACGACCAGUUGUCCAAGUUCUUCGCGCAACCGCGCUACAAGAAUCUCGUGACAAUGUACGGACUCGCCAACGAGCCGAAAAUGGUCGACCUAGACACACAAUCCGUACUGGACUGGUACAACCAAGCCAUCCCCCUCAUCCGCAACAACGGAAUCGAAGGCAUAAUCGUCUUCGGCGACGGCUUCAUGGGCCUCGACAACUGGCAAGGCAAGCUGCAAAACUACACGGACCUACUCCUCGACGUGCACCAAUACGUCAUCUUCAACGUCGACCAAAUCGUGCUCUCGCACAGCGAGAAGCUCAACUUCGCCUGCAAAGGCUGGACGCAGCAAAGCACGCGGUCGAUGAACAAGGAGACGGGCUUCGGGCCCACCAUGUGCGGCGAGUGGAGCCAGGCCGAUGCCGACUGCGCGCAGUACAUCAACAACGUCGGCUGGGGCACCCGCUGGGAGGGCACGUACAACACGGGCAACGACAGCACCAACGUACUGCAGCCGACGUGCCCGGCCCUGAACGCGACGUGCAGCUGCGCCAACGCCAACGCCGAUCCCGCAGAGUACUCGGAGCCGUACAAGAAGUGGCUGCUAGACUUCGCUCUGGCGCAAAUGUACAGCUUUGAACAGGGCUGGGGCUGGUUUUACUGGACGUGGAAGACCGAGCGCGCCACCCAGUGGAGCUAUGAGCUUGGUAUGAAGGCGGGCAUUUUGCCCCAAAAGGUUUGGGAUCGGGACUUCAGCUGCGAGACUGAUAGUAUUCCGGAUUUUGGGGAGAUGGGCUUGCCCGACUAUUACUGAGACCGAAUGGCUGGGACUAGAAUGAGGGAAAGGGGGUAUGGUUGCAUGGCUUUGAACGCAGGACUGGACGGCAUGGCGUUGGGGUGUGGUCGUCGUUGCUUUUGUCUUCGUGCGACGUCUUCGAAAUGGGUUCUUGCUUUUUUCUGGCAUCGGUCAGCGGUCAUGGCAUCUUUGGCUUUUCCACCAGCGCGUCGUAUAAGUAAUGUCGUCGCUCAUAUGAUGAGGAUAUGCUUUUCUUUACGCAUAGCGAGUCGAGGGCUUAUGGGACGGCAUUUUGUAGACGUCCGAGCUGGUCUCUGGAUGUCCAGUUACACGUACAUUAGCGACAAGGCGUUUUGCGUUAAGAAUAUUGGUCAAAUGAAUCAUAUUGGAACAAAGAGU